UCUCUUUUUUUCAGGUGCUGGAAAACUAUUCUGAUGGACCCAUGACCCCAAAACAGAUCCUGCAGGUUAUAGAAACCGAGGGCCUAAAGGAAAUGAGUGGCACAUCCCCGUUGGCCUGCCUGAAUGCAAUGCUUCACUCCAAUUCAAGGAGCUGCGAUGGGCUUUUUUAUAAACUUCCUGGGCGGAUUAGCCUAUUUACUCUCAAGAAAGCUGCCACCCAGUGGUCUCGGACCCUCGCUGGGCCUGAAGGAGAAGAGUUGGAUGACGCGGAGAGCAGUGGUUCUAACGAAGCUGCCAGCACUGUGAGUGGGGAUAACGACGGUAAGUGUGCUUCUGCUCAGAGCCUGAGCCAGUUGCUUCCUCCACGGAUGUGGAUGGUGUGAUCCUUUCUUUCCAGUUUCUCUAGAUGAAACCUCUUCAAACGCCUCCUGUUCCACGGAGUCCCAGAGCAAGAGUGUGCUUGCUGCCCGAGAGAGCACUAGGACAGCGUCACAGGUAGGA